CAAGGGAUAGGAAUAAAUUUUCAACCAUAUCCUCAUCCAAAUUCACCCUAAUCUUGAGGUGCAUCUCCUUCCAAAUUCUGCUACCGUGUUGUCUUGUAGAAACAAAUCAAGCCACUUUUGGUUUGAAGGAGGAGGGGCUACGCCAAAGAAACCAUACGAGUGCUUCAUGUGGUGGUUGCUUUAAAAUGGACAAAAAGGAGCUUAAAAUUUUGUGAUCUAUUAGGUAGCAGCCGGAUGUUAAGAGGAUCGUUGCAUAGGAAGGACGCACAUCACAAUUAUGUUCCCCAUAUACAGAUUUGAUCUUCAAUUAUUGUAUCAGAAUGGAACGUGGAACAGAUAACCCAAGAUACUCUGGAGAGUUAUUGAAGCAUAUGGACAAGCAGAAUGAGGUCCUUGUGGAAGCACGUAAAUCAAUGUUGCAUGAAUUGGAAAAACUUCAGGUAGAAGAAGAAAUGCUUAUGCGCAAGCUUUAUGAAGUUAUGUCAGCUCAUGGUCUCACUAAACAGAAUGAUGGCAAUUCCAACACUUCCUAUAAUACUGCAGGAACUGAACACUCCAAUGAGGUAGUCAAUGCAGCGCAUAAGGGACAGUAACGACAUAAUUUUGCUUGAUUCACUCAGAGAUUCGGGCUAAAGACCAAACUGUCUUAGGGGGAUGAAAUAAAGCCUUUUUCUGUUUUUCUUUGUGCAACAUUUGAUGAAACUAAAACCAUUCGGAACGCAAGAAUUAUAAAAUUUUCAACUUCAUUAUAUCUAAUGUACAAAAGAUUUGCGCCUUUUGUUUGGGUAAGGAGGGCAUUGGUCUUCUAUGUGUUGAUACCUGUUGACAAUGUCUCUGUUUAAGUAAUAAAUGUGUAGU